AUUCUUGCGGAGAAGAAGAGAAAGAAGACAUUUAGCAGCGCGAGACCGCGUUUACAAAAAUUGUUCCUACUGCAUUUUACACAAUUUCGCUUGCGGCACGCUACCGAAAGCAGAGAGCAGCCAGCCGGGACCGAAUUCACGCCGGAAAUGACAAACUGUUGACGGUGCAGCCGAGUUGGGAAAAGCGUGCGUGUGCUGAGAGGCAAACUUCCUGGCCCCCCAUUCGCCCGUGCUCGAUCCAGUCGCAGUCGAGGUUGUGCCACUCGUCGGGCUGCAGCGCAAAAGCAGGGAGCGAGAAGAGUGUGAACGGUUUCGACAGAAGGGAGGGUGUGAUCCGACAAGCGCCACCCGCCCGCAAUGGAGAUGGCUCACGAUGUGCUGGAACUCGCCAACGAGCUGGCUCGUGCCGUGAAGAUAACGAUGGAUCCGGAAGCAACACAGCAGGCAAGGAUGGACGCGUACGUAGCAUGUGAACGCUUCAAAGACAUAUCACCACUGUGCGCACAGGCGGGUCUUUCGCUGGUAACCGGCGCCUAUCCCCCGAUCGUGCGCCACUUCGGGCUGCAGCUGAUGGAACACACGGUCAAGUUUAACUGGAACAGCAUCUCGCAGCAGGAGAAAAUAUUCAUCAAGGAGAACGCGAUGAAGCUGCUGCAGGCCGGCGUCGGCGAGGCGCAGGACCAGAGCCUGGCCCACAUCAAGGACGGCGUGUCGCGCAUCAUCGUCGAGAUGAUCAAGCGCGAGUGGCCCCAGCAGUGGACGACGCUGCUGGUCGAGCUGAGCGACGCCUGCUCGCAGGGCAUGGCCCAGACCGAGCUGGUGCUGCUCGUGUUUCUCCGGCUCGUCGAGGACGUGGCGCUGCUGCAGACGAUCGAGUCGAACCAGCGGCGGAAGGACAUCUACCAGGCGCUCACCGUGAACAUGUCGGAGAUCUUCACCUUCUUCCUGCGCCUGAUCGAGCUGCACGUGGGCGAGUUCCGCAGCGCCACUACCGGCGGCGACGAGCACAAAGCGCACGGCCACAGCCGGGUGGUGCAGGUGGCACUGCAGACGCUGACCGGCUUUGUGGAGUGGGUUUCGAUCAACCACAUCAUGGCGGCCAACGGCCGACUGCUGCAGAUCCUGUGCAUCCUGCUGACGGACGUCGAGUUCCAGCAGCCGGCGGCGGAAUGCUUGGGCCAGAUUACGAACCGGCGCGGCCAGCUGAAGGACCGCAAACCGCUGCUGCUGCUGUUCGAGGAUGCGCCGGUCGAGCACUACUACCAGGCGGCCACCCAGAACGAGCGGCUCGAGACGGAGGCGUACUAUCUGUUUCUGAAAAAGCUCGCCCAGGUGCUGACGGGGCUUGCCUCCCAGCUGACCGCACUGUGGGGCAAGGAGGAGUGCCAGCCGAUCAAACCCCACUGCCUGGCGACCUUCCUCGGCACGGUGCUGAUCUUUACGCGCCACGCCAGCUACAGUCUCGCGCACCCGGCCGCCCUGAUCUGGACGACGCUGCUGAAGCACGAGCAAAUCUCGAAGGAGCAUCUCGUGCUCGAGUACAUUCCAAAGGUGAUCGAGGUGAUCGGGCCGAAAAUCAUCAAGGUGAACUAUCCGGUGCGGCGCUGGACCGGCAUCACGAUGCACCCGCAAACGUUCGCCAGCCUCGACUACGACGCGGAGGAAGAGUGGCUGGUGUUUUUCUUCCGCUGCCGGACGGACUUUUUGGAGAUCUUCCGCCAGGCCACGCUGAUCGCACCGCUCGUGACGUUCUCGUACUGCGAGCACUGGCUGAACGCGAUGCUCGGCAAGACGGCCGCCUGCGACCGGAGUGCCACCGCCUGCAGCGUCACCGACCCGCUCUACCUCGAGUGGGACGCCCUCACCAACGCGCUGGACGGUGUGCUGUCGCGCAUCCUGAUGGUGACCGAGCGGCCGUCCGUCUCGGCCGGGCUGCGCCUGCUCGAGGAGUGCUUGAAGGUGGAGUCGAACGAUCCGCUCGUCCUGUCCGUGAUGCUGUCCUGCAUCUCCUCGCUGUUCGUGUUUCUCAGCAUGUCCUCCUGCCAGAUUACGGCCGCGAACUGUGUGGCCAUGACGGGGGUGCAGCUGUUGCCGCGCGUGCUCGAGAAGAUUUUCGCCUCGCUCGUGUUCCAGGAGGUGGGCGAAACGCGGCACACGCGCACGGUGGCGGUGAAGAACUUGCGGCGCCACGCGGCCGCCCUGAUGGUGAAGAUUGCGCACAAGUACCCGCUGCUGCUGCUGCCCAUCUUCGACCAGAUCAACACGAGCGUGAAAAACCUGAUCGUGCAGCCGGAGCGGCUGAGCAAGGUGGAGCAGGUGACGCUGCUCGAGGCGCUGCUGCUCAUCUCGAACCACUUCUGCGACUUUGAGCGCCAGAGCGGCUUCGUGGCGGAAGUCAUCCGCGAUGGGGUGUCGAUCUGGGGCGGGCUGCUGGUGCCGGUGGUGAAAAACGCGCACACCUUCAUCGAGUACGUGGGGCUGAACCGGCCGGCGAUCGAACCGUUCGCGACCACGGUCGAGGAUCCGUACAACGUCAAUCGCCGGCAGCUGACGUACGCGCUCAACCUGGUGCUGGGCGUUAUUAAGCGCUGCUCCUGGCCGGACGAUCCCGAUCGCUGCUCGCGCGGCGGAUUCGUGGUCGCGCUCACCGAGUCCGGCAAUCCGAUCUGUCGCAAUCCGGCCACCUCGCACGUGGUCCCACUGUUACCGCACAUCCUGUCGCUGAUGCGCUGCCUCAACGAGCUGUGGAAGCCGGACGCGCUGCAAUCGUUCUCCGACUCGUUCCGCAACGCGAACGGUAUGCAGGAGAGCGAGAAAAAGCAGCUGCUCGGCGUGUCGCCGGUGCUGCAGGAUCCGCUCGAUCCGGCGCAAAAGCUGCCCCCGACCGCGUUCGGGCGUAUGCAAACGUUUCUGGCGGGCAUUUUCGAGCACUGUUACCACAUGAUGGGUUCGGCCGGGCCGUCGCUGGGGCGUGAUCUGUACGCGCUGCCCGGCAUUGCGAACGCGAUCGUGGGGAGUGUGUUUGCGAGUCUCGAGUAUGUGCCCGACUUUCGCCUUCGGACGAUCGUGCGCGUGUUCCUGAAGCCAUUCAUCUACUCCUGCCCACCGGUGUUCCAUGAAGCAGUCCUUUUGCCAAUCUUUGCCCACUUUGUUCCAUUCAUGCUGACAAGACUGACUGCUCGCUGGCACUACAUAACGGCGCUGUACGAAUCCGGCGAACUGGGCGAGGACGUGAACGACACCCAGGAGGUGCUGGAGGAUAUGCUCAACCGUACGCUGACCCGCGAGUACAUCGAUGUGCUGAAGGUGGCGCUCGUCGGCAGCACCAUCGAUCCGACGGCCAACUCGACCAGCGACGCAACGAUGGCCGGCGGCAUGGAUCAGGACGAUCAGAGUAUGGACGGUACGCCGCAGGCACUGACGCGCGCCGCCCAAUCGGCCAUGACGUCGGAGGUGAUUAGCGAUCUGGGCGGCAAGCUGCUGCGCAACCAGUACACCAGCAACCCGAUCGUCAUGACGGUGCUAAGCGUACUUUCGUGGAAUGACAGCAACUCCAGCCUGAAGGCGACACUGCUCAGCGGUCCAAUCAUCCGUUUCCUAGCAGCGGAACAGUUAAUCACGGAAGCGCUGGCCUCCAACAUUAUCAUCGCGGUGUUGAAGGCCCUGCAGCUGCACGGUCAGCACGAAUCGAAUCAGACGUCACUCAUUACGCUCGGCGUGCAAGCGUACGAAAUACUGCGCCCCAAGUUCCCGAACAUACUCGAGGUGCUGCAGCAGAUCCCGAACGUGAGCGCCGGCGACAUACAGAAGCUGGACGAGAAGAUAUCGUCCGGCAGCACCAAGGGCAACAAGAUCGACAAGGCCAAGAAGGACCUGUUCAAGAAGAUUACCACCAACAUUAUCGGGCGCAACAUUGGCCAGCACGGUCGGAAGGAGGUGAAGAUACUGAACCUGCAGCCGAUCGUGCCGCCGCCCAACAAUCAUCGCCCGAACGCAUUUAAUCUGAUCGAAAGCAACCAGGAAACGGGACUGGCGCAUUUAUUCACCAACCGCAGCUAGUGUGCCAUGGUAGGAGGAAGCGCGAUGGGUGUUGCCAGAGUGGUGUGUAGAGAGCGAGGGAGGUGUGUGUGUGUUCAGUCAGUCUCAGUGUAGAAGGAGUCGGAUCAGGUCCAGUGUGCGCGACGCACGUAUUUGUGAAUACCUUUUUAUUACGAAUUAAUGCUUAAGCUACCUUCGGUCGGUUUCUUUUUUUUUAUAUUUAUUAGUCAAUCGAGCGAAAAACGAUGAAACUCUUCGCCCGCGUCUCGACGCGUGGUACGGCGAGCGUGAGUACCUUGGGCGGGUCGGGACGAAACGAACGAUACAAACAUGUAAAUCCACGCGUAACCGAUUGAUAAUUGUUA